GUCCACGUGUCACCCACUGGUCUCCUCACCGACCUUCCUGUGGACGGCAAGAAUCGGCGACGUGCCCUAAUUUAUCGGAUUCAUCGAAAUUUUAAAAACAUUCCGAUUCCCGAUUGCGGCUUUCGAUCUUGCGGGUCUCUCUCGAUCUCCGUCUUGGGUUUUCGGCCUCCUACAUCGCAUGCGAUUUCGAAUAUUUUCUCUCGAAGCAACAAGGACCAGAGUCUUUCUGAGAAUCUUGCUUUCCUUUGGUGGAUUGGAUUUUUUCCCGUUGUCGUUUUCCAGGAAAAUUUCUGGGUAUUAGCGAGAAAAAUCCGGGUUGGAUUUCCCCCCCCCCAUAAAGGUCUGUUUUUAUUUUUGAAUUUGGGAGGAAAUCAUGCAAAGGAUCGUCGACAACGCCCUCGCUGUAACCAAAGAGUCAGUGAAAACUCUGACAUACGAAUGGUUGAACAACAUCGCUAGAUUCAUAAAUGGAGCUUCUGCACUUCUCUUGACCAUUCUCCCGGGCAAGGCUAACAUUCUCGAAGGACUUCAUGGAUGGGAACUCAGGCCUACAUUUCGUGGACCGCGUUUUCCCCGGUGGAUGCAUAAUGGGGUCUCUUCCUUCAACCAGUUCAUCCACGAGCUCUCUGUGGAUUCUGAUACUUCAAGCUUGGAUUAUUCUUCUGGGGAAGAUAGUGAUGGCAUGUAUCCUGCAUCACCAUCAUCUCAUAGCUCACGUCUCUCGUGGGCUAGUAUUUCUGCGAAUUAUGAAAGCCAUUGGACUGAUUGGAUUACCUCAAUACUCUGGUGGCUCUUACUGCCUGCUCGAAUAAUGCUAUGGAUACCCUUAUAUAUGUUGCAGCUACUCUAUAGGCGCAGUUCAAGAACGCCUAUGAGUCCCGGGAGGAACCGCCAUUCUUCGAGAACGGGUUUUAGCAAAACGAACUCAGCGAAAGAGCAUCAUGUCCCUAAUCGGACUACUGAUAGAAGACGCGGAGUAAUUGAGGAUCUUCAUCUUGCUAUAGAGAUCUUCAUAGAGACAAUCUUCGAUUUUUUCCACAAGGCUGCUCAUCUUAUUCUUUCUCCAUCAGAAGCUUGUAGAAUAGUGUUUUCAUGGUUCUCUUCUCCUAGUAGCAGUCCUAAAGGAGCCUAUGAUGACGAUUCAGAUGACGAAACUGUACAGACUGCCACUCUCGGAGAGAGUAAUCCAUCUCCUACAGAAAGGACCACAAGCUUAUACAACUCUAUGAACACAGAUACUCGGACGUGUAAAGACGUCAUAACAGAGCUAGGGUACCCAUAUGAAGCUAUCCAUGUUAUAACCUCUGAUGGAUACGUGCUUCUCUUGGAAAGGAUACCGAGACGAGAUGCGCGGAAAGCUGUCUAUUUGCAGCAUGGGGUUUUGGAUUCUUCCAUGGGGUGGGUGUCUAAUGGGGUUGUUGGAUCUCCUGCCUUUGCUGCAUACGACCAAGGCUAUGACGUUUUCCUCGGGAACUUUCGGGGUUUGGUUUCGAGAGAACAUGUCGACAAAAACAUAUCCUCGAGAGAAUACUGGCGGUACUCCAUCAACGAGCACGGAAUUGAGGAUAUCCCUGCAAUGAUAGAGAAAAUCCACGAAAUCAAAACUGCGGAACUCAAGCUCUGCCAAUCUAAUGCCGACGAGGAAGUGAACGAGGAGCAACCAUAUAAACUCUGUGCGAUCUGUCACAGUCUAGGCGGGGCUGGGAUUCUGAUGUACGUUAUUACACGCAGAAUCGAAGAGAAGCCACACCGACUCUCGAGGCUAAUCUUGCUCUCGCCUGCCGGGUUUCAUGAUGACUCGAACUUCGUCUUCAUGUUGAUCGAAUACAUAUUCCUCUUCUUUAGCCCCAUAUUAGCCCGUCUCGUGCCUGCCUUCUAUAUCCCUACGAGAUUCUUCCGGAUGCUUUUGAACAAACUAGCCCGGGACUUCCAUAACUACCCCGCUGUUGGUGGGCUCGUCCAGACUCUGAUGAGUUACGUUGUCGGCGGGGACAGCUCGGACUGGGUCGGGGUCUUGGGUUUGCCUCAUUACAACAUGAACGACAUGCCUGCUGUCUCUUUCCGGGUGGCUCAGCAUCUCGCCCAGAUGAAGCACAGCGGAAGGUUCAGGAUGUUCGAUUACGGGAGCCCGUCGACCAACAUGGAGAUUUACGGGUCCCCCGAACCGCUGGACCUAGGAGAGUAUUACGGGUUCAUCGACGUGCCUGUGGACCUGGUAGCUGGUCGGAAGGACAGGGUGAUCCGUCCAUCGAUGGUACGAAGGCAUUACAGGCUGAUGAAUGAGGCAGGGGUCGAUGUGUCGUACAACGAGUUCGAGUACGCGCAUCUGGAUUUCACGUUCUCCCACCGCGAAGAGCUGCUAGCCUACGUUAUGUCGAGGUUGUUGCUGGUGGAACCGAUGCCUGUCGGAAAGAGACAGAGCAGUCAAAAGGGCAUGAAGUUGAAGAAGAAGAAGGAAGGGCUGUGAACACUGAUCAUCGUCGUGUUGUGUCUGAAGGCUAGUGUACAUAUAUGUGAUGUGAAUCAGGUCUCCUGGUGAAAUUUUAGUGCAAGGGUUCAAGUUUUACUUAGCAUAUAUAUAUAUACAUAUAUAUAUAUGAAACCCAUUUGGUAAUAUGCAGCGCUUGUGUGGGAGACUAUAGCUUUUGAUUGUAUGGUGAGAGGAGAGGAGAGGGUCUGAAACCUUGUGGGUUUUUUUUUUAAAUAAAAAAUUUUAAUGUCUUUCAGAGA